GCAACGAAUCAGGCGAACAAGUCCAGGGAGAUAAGAAGCUGAACAAGGAGCAGGCCCAUGCCUUGGCGGACUCCAUGAGCAAGCUCAAAUGGACGUUCACUUUGAGCAAGGCGGACGAGAAACGAAUGGAUGAGCAGGGCCAAAUUCCGGAGUCAGUCAAGAAGCUCGCGGUGAAGGCGAAAGAUGCAUGCGAGCGUUUGGUCAAAGACGGCUCCAAGCUGGUUGGUGUGCCGGAGUUGUCGGGAGUGAAGGAUGCCUACAAGACUUUGAGUCAACACAUCACGAACUUGAACCAGCUUCUCAUCCUCGGCGAGCUGCCGUCCCAGGCCGCCAUCAACCGCAACUCCUUGGAGAACUUUAUCGGGGGCAUCGCCAAAGAUGUGGAAAAGUACCACGGGGAAAUCCAAGCUGCAAAAGCUCGGGCAAAGACUGGCAAGGCCAAGUCAUGA